AGUCUUCCCCGCUUUGUGGCGUUAUGGAUGAAGCGGAUUUAGUCGUCGUUGGCGCCGUACUGGAAUCCUAUGCGACGAGGACUUCUCUUCUUCGUUCUACAUUUCGUUGAAAUUGGUGAAGCGGACACAUAAAAUAACUGAGUUACAUUUCCUCCUAUCUCUUCGCUCUUCUCAUUAACUACGCAGGGCUCUACGGGAUCACGGCUGCUGCGACCUAUCAUCGUCUUCAUCCAACAGCCCGUAUCUUCCUUCUGGAAUCGGCGCCAUCGAUCGGCGGACCAUGGGCUCCUCAUCGGAUAUUUCCAGGCCUCAAGACGAACAAUCUUUGGGGCACCUAUGCAAAUCCUGAUUUUCCCAUGGAUGAAGAAGAAUUUGGAGUCAAGAAAGGGGAGCAUGUACCGGCGGAGAAAGUAACGGAGUAUCUCAACGCGCUGAUUAGGGAGUAUGAUAUUUCGGCUUGUGUGAGGCUGAACACGAAAGUUGAAGUGGUGGAGCAACUCGAAACGGGGUGGAAAUUGCACUGCAUAUCCAACUCUACCGACGCCACGAACUCUUCCUUCAUCAACACAGCCAAACUCAUACUCUCCACUGGCUUAACGAACCGCCCGUCUAUCCCUCAUUGGCCCACUUCCGAAAAUUUUACGCCUCCAGUGAUCCAUUCUGCUAACUUCCCUGUGCAUUAUUCCAACGUUGUCAAGCCAAACGCACAUACUCUCGUUAUCGGUAGUGCAAAAUCGGCAUGGGACACUGCUUAUGCUUGCGCUGCAUCCCCCUCUUCAACCGCGACGAUGCUCAUACGGCCAUCGGGGAAAGGUCCAGUGUGGAUGUCACCGCCUUACGUUACGCCCCUUAGCCUGUGGCUUGAGAAGCUCGUAUUUACGCGAUUUUUUGGGUUCAUGUCUCCGUGCCCUUUCGCGGAGGCUUCUGGAUUCGAAGGACUGAUUCGGAGAUUUUUGCACAGAACAUGGAUUGGAAGGAAGAUCGUUGGGGCGUUCUGGGGUAUCCUGGGCGAUGAUGUGGUGGAGCUAAACAAGCUCAAUGAACACCCUGAAACGAAGAAGCUGAGGCCUUGGCGGGACGCUUUUGAGGUCGGGAACGCGCUGAGCAUCUUGAACUACCCGACAGACUUCUUUGACCUCGUCAAAGAGGGCAGGAUUAAGGUUGCCAUCGACGAGGUCGAGAGAUUAGGCAAGGGCAAAGAAGUGGUACUAAAGAGUGGGGACAAGAUGGAAGUUGAUGCGGUGGUUUGCGCAACUGGAUGGGAGAUCGGUGGGUCCUUGAAAUUUCUCCCAACGGGCAUUGAGAAAGAGUUGGGUCUACCUACGAGGAUCCCUCCAGAUGCUGGUGAUGCGGCUCUCGUAAAGAAAGUUGAGAAUGACCUCCUGACCAAUUUCCCGUACCUCAAGGAGCGGGACUCAAGCAAGCUCCACCACCCAGAUCCCACAUUCAAGAAUACGCCAACGAUAGACCCCAGUCAACAACCUUACCGCCUCCACCGCUUCCUGGUACCUCAGUCUGACUUCCAACGCCGUUCCAUCGGUUUCGCAGGUGCUCUUAUGUCUCUUGGCAACGCAUCAUGCGCCUAUCUGCAAUCGCUCUGGCUUACUGCAUACUUUGACGGCACCUUGCCUCUCCCAAUUACACCUCCAGAACAACUCAAAUACGAGACCUACCGCGAUACACAAUACUGCGUUGUCCGGAACGCUAUGGGAUAUGGCAACAAGUUCCCUGAUUUGGUGUUCGAUUCUCUCCCAUAUUUUGAUCGGUUGAUGCACGACUUGGGAUUUGCGGGUAAGAGGAAGGGGAAUUUAUUGGGGAUGACGAAUUGGGCUGCUGAGUGUUUUAAGAGUUAUGGGCCGGAGGACUAUAAGGGUCUGCUUGUUGAAUGGGAGAGGAAGGUGGAGAGUGAGAAUGAAGGAAAGAAGGACGUAUAGUAGGCUAUUCUGAGAUCCAACGCAAUCAAUUGAUGGAGAUGUG